GUAUGAUAUUAUAACAAAUAAAUAUUAUAUUAUAAAUUAAUAUGAAUCAUCUUAUGUAAUAAUACUAUUUGUUGUUCAUUUGACCACACCUCCACCAUCUUGCCACUAGACACUGCCGGGGACUGAACAAUGCUAUCAAGACUUGUAACUCGUUCUCUGCAAGAGGUGCGACCUGCCCUUGUGGCAAUUCGUCCAACUAGCACCACGGCCGUCAGCAGAGCAGCUGAAGAGCGGGAUGAGGUCAACUUCCCACGUCCUGUUAGGCCCGUUGAGCCUGGCAAGGUGCAGGGCUUCAUCCCAGAGGAGUGGUUCCAGUUCCUCUAUCCCAAGACAGGUGUAACUGGUCCAUACAUGCUUGGUGUUGGAUUGACAACGUUUGGCGAAAUAUAUGUUAUGGAACAGCACUAUAACGGACUCUCCAUAUUUAUUAUGGUGGUUUACGCUGUCAAGAAAUUUGGCCCACCUCUAGCACAAUCCCUGGACAAAGAAAUUGAUGAGAUCGAAGGCAGCUGGGUGACGUACCGUGAUGGCAGUAUUACUGAUAAUGUUGAAGGGCAAUUGUCAGCUAAGGGCGAGGCAAUGCUCUUUGACGCAAAACGUGAAAAUGUGUCUCUGCAACUUGAGGCUCCAGAAAGACUUGCAAUGGUCCAUGCUGAGGUGAAGAAGAGGCUGGACUACCAACUUGAAACUGCCAAUGUCAAGACCAUGCAACAGAAGCACAUGGUGGACUGGAUUGUAAACAACGUAAAAUCAUCCAUCACACCUGCUCAGGAGUCUGUUGCCCUUAAGCAGUGCUUUGCUGAUCUUAAGGCACUAGCUCCUAAGGCUGCAUAAAUUACUCAACACUAGUUUAAAAGUUAGGAUGCUCUUUUGCAGGCAAUUACUCAAGACUUGUCAAGAUUCUAACAAGACCGUAGAAUCUACAAGCUAUGACUUUGCUUUAGCUGCUCUGUGUAAUAUCAUGAGAAUAUUAUUAAUUUUGUGGUAUAUGGCAUGAGCUCAUUCCAGUACCUGCUGGUAUUGCUUAAGAAUACUGGUACAUAUUUUGAAACAACCAGUGACAAAACAUUUACAGUGUGUAAAUGAGUUUUCUAAUUAAUUUUUAUGUGUACAGAUCGUAUGUAAAUAAAAAUGUUCUGUCACUCAUAUAUUUAAAACCUAUGUGGUAGAAGUUGGGAGACGUGAUAAUAAAUAAAUUGUCACU